UAGUUCCUUGCUGCCGGGAGUUGAAGAAGAUGGGCUUUAGGGGCAAGUCUUGCAUUCCACUUUUGACCCUCCUAUUGCUGAGUUCACUCUGCAAAUCCGAUGACCAGCUCACACACGCAAAGCCGCUCUCCGCCGGCGACACCAUCGUCUCCAAGGGCGGGCACUUCGCGCUCGGCUUCUUCCCCUCAAACAGCCCCAACACGAGCCUGUACCUCGGCAUAUGGUACCACAGCAUCCCUGGCCGUACCAUCGUAUGGACCGCCAACCGCGACAAUCCAAUCGCCGCCACUUCAUCUCCGACGCUCGCCAUCACCAACAGUUCCGGCCUGGUGUUGUCUGACUCCCAAGGCCGCACUCCUUGGGCAGUGAAGAACGACAUCACGGGCACGGGAGUUGCUGCGGUGCUGCUUGACACGGGGAACUUUGUCCUCCUCUCUCCAAAUGGCACACGCAUAUGGCAGAGCUUUGAUCACCCGACAGACACCAUUCUACCCGGUACUAGGAUCUACCUGAGAGAGAAAAAAGACAAGGGUCUCGUUGCCAGGCGCCUAAUUGCUUGGAAAGGCCCCAUUGACCCAUCCACUGGAGAUUUUUCGUUGGGCCUUGACCCCAACAAUUACAUUCAGUUAGUCAUUUGGCACGGGACUAUGCCCUACUUCCGUCUCAAUGUUCUUGAUUAUGCGUCGGUAGCUGGUGCCGUAUACCAGAACACUGUCUUCUAUGAAGCGUUUGGUGGAACAAGCACCGACGGGUUCUAUUAUGAAUUCUCUGUUUCUGGUGGCUCACCGUAUGCACGCCUUAUGCUCGACUACAUGGGUGUGAUGAGGACUCUUAGCUGGAACAACCACUCAUCUUGGACAACCGUCAACGCUUAUCCCUCUAGCAGCUGCGAGCUCUAUGCUUCAUGUGGCCCGUUCGGGUAUUGUGACAACACCGGGGCUGCCGCGACAUGUCGUUGUCUCGAUGGGUUUGAACCCGCUGGUCUUAACUUUUCGAGCGGAUGUACAAGAACCAAGGAGCUGGAAUGCGGCAAGCAAAGUCAUUUCGUGACCUUGCCUAAGAUGAAGUUACCUGACAAGUUUUUACAUGUCCUCAACACAAGCUUUGACGAAUGCACGGCCGAGUGCAACAACAAUUGCUCGUGUAAAGCCUACGCCUACACCAACUUGAGCAAUAACAGUGCUAUGGCCCAACAGUCAAAGUGCUUGCUUUGGACAGGGGAUCAGCUUGUCGAUACAGGGAAGUAUAGUAAUAUCGACGAGAUCUUGUACCUCCGGCUUGCCAACUCUCCUGUUCAAAAUGGCAAAUUGGUAAAGAUUAUACUCCCAACCAUGGCUUGCGUGUUCAUACUCGCGUGCAUAGCCCUUGGGAUAUACAAAUGCAAAGCAAGCAAAAAAAAGAAGAAGGGAAUCCAGAACAGACCAAUGCUAGGAUAUCUUCGCUCGUCUACUGAAAUUGGAGGUGAACAUGCAGACUUUCCUUUUGUUAGCUUUCAAGAUAUUGCCACGGCAACGGAUAAUUUCUCAGACUCUAAACAAAUCGGAAGUGGAGGUUUUGGCAAAGUUUACAAGGGCAUCCUACAAGGGAACACUGAAGUUGCUAUCAAGAGACUUAGUAAGGGUUCUGGGCAAGGGAUGGAGGAGUUUAAAAAUGAGAUAAUUCUAAUUGCAAAAUUGCAGCACAAAAACCUUGUUAGACUUCUUGGUUGCUCUAUUCAUGGAGAUGAGAGGUUACUUAUCUAUGAAUACUUACCAAACAAAAGCCUGGACGCCUUCCUUUUUGAUAGCACAAGACAAUAUGUGCUUGAUUGGAUCACACGCUUCCAAAUAAUUAAAGGGGUGGCCAGAGGUCUUCGUUACCUCCACCAAGAUUCAAGACUAACUAUAAUUCACAGAGAUCUCAAACCAAGCAACAUAUUGCUGGAUUCCGAAAUGGCUCCCAAAAUAUCAGAUUUUGGUAUGGCAAGGAUCUUUGGUGGAAACAAACAAGAAGCAAAAACUACCCGCGUUGUUGGGACAUAUGGCUACAUGUCGCCUGAAUACGUUAUGGGAGGUGCCUUUUCUGUCAAAUCAGACACCUAUAGCUUCGGUGUUCUUAUCUUAGAGGUUGUAAGUGGCUUGAAGAUCACCUCACCGCAACUCGUAGUGAACUUUGUCGGCCUGACAACUUAUGCGUGGAGACUAUGGGAAGAUGGAAAAGCAACAGAACUAGUGUACUCUUCGUUUGCUGAGAGCUGUUCACUUCAUGAAGUUCUACGGUGUAUUCAAGUUGGUCUUUUGUGUGUUCAAGAUCGUCCAGAUGAUAGGCCACUCAUGUCAUCGGUUUCUUUUAUGUUAGAGAAUGAAAGUGCAUUGCUCCCCGUACCAAAGCAGCCUGCAUAUUUCGCUCUACAGAAUUUCGAAGCUCAAAAAUCAAGGGAAAACUCCUUGAAUGCAGUGAGUAUCACAACACUAGAGGGGCGUUAAGUGCUAUAUAUGCAGAUUUCAGUGUCGGAAGUUGUAUACUUUAUGAUCUAUAGAUAUUUUGAAUGCAAUUCCUUCAGUAGGCGGAAUGGCUGUGAAUUGAGAACUACUACAAAAUUCAGAAUGUUCUAUUUCGAGCAAAGAUAUGUUUUCUCGCUCUCUACGCUGUUGGCAUUAUCUACAAUGUCUUGUUCAUUGAUGUUGCUGG